UCAAUAUAUAUUCUUAAAAACGUUUGGCUUCCAAUCCAGCAAAAUUCUAUGUGAUGUUUUUGAACUGACUAAAAUAUUUGGCGUUUUGAAAAUUGCCUAAAUGAAAACUCAGUCAUUUUACUCAUUGACUGUAACAUAUGUAACUCUGAAGUUGGUCAUGCAUUGGUCAUGCAUUUUCCAAGCUAGAGGCAUGUGCCUUUCUUUAUAAACGUUGUACUAGAUGAGACGGCAUUCAGAUAGAUAUUGGCGAGGUCAGCUGUCACCUGUUUUGGUGAAGUUAUACAGUGAUACAUGCAUAUGUUUCUGGUGGUUUGGGGCAUUAGGAAUAGGUGGGGAGGCUUGUAACGUCAUGCAUAACCGUUUCUUGUUUUAACCCGUAGGCUGAAAAGCAAAACUUCGAUUUUAAGCAUAAAUCGUUAAUUCUAACAUUGGUGCCCCCACGCAUGCUAUUAGCCAAUAUUUAUAAUUUAAAUCAUUAAAUUGAUUAACGCCGUGCGUCUGUAAUUGUUUUAUGGUGUGGAAGCAGUGGUGAUUGUGGUGUAGGGGUGAUUGCAUGCUGAUUCUACGCAUAUUUGCUGGACAGUUGCCUGUGAACGAUGUAUAUAGUUAUACUUAUGUACAUUGCCGCCACAACUCCUAAAUUAGCAUCGGGGUACUCCUCAUUCAGCAAGGAGAUACCCAACGCAUGUCUAAGAGAUGCGCUUUUCUGGAAACGACACGUUUCCAAUAGGUUCCAGUGUGAAACUUUGUGUCUAAUGUUACGUAUGUGUCAAUCUGUCAACUACAGGACAACCGACCGCAUUUGUCACAUCAACUUCAAAAAAGCUUAUGACGUCCACUCAGUUGUACUUGAAAAGGGAACAACAUACAUAAGUGAUAGAAAGAACAAGACUUCAACUCCAUGUAGAUGGGGGACAUGCAAGGUUAAUGAAAUAUGUGCUGUUGUACAAAGGACAAACAAGAUGUGUUUACCGUUUGAAAUUCUGUGCAAAGCUCAAUCUGCUAUUACUCAUUCAACUGUGAUACUGAGGAUUGCUGGUGACAGAAGCUACACAUCCAAGGCAGACCACACAUGUGACCCCGGCUACAUCCUACAGGGUGGCACUGGAGAAGUGGAGUGUCAGAGUGAUGGACAGUGGUCACAACCUACAGGACACUGUGAAGCCAUAGAGUGCACUGCACCAAAAGCAAUUCAUUUUGCGAGUGUAGGACUAAGGGUCGCUGGCAACAGAACCUACACAGCCAAAGCAGACCACACAUGUGAACCCGGCUACAUCCUACAGGGUGGCACUGGAGAAGUGGAGUGUCAGAGUGAUGCACAGUGGUCAGAACCUACAGGACACUGUGAAGCCAUAGAGUGCACUGCACCAAAAGCAAUUCAUUUUGCGAGUGUAGGACUAAGGGUCGCUGGCAACAGAACCUACACAGCCAAAGCAGACCACACAUGUGAACCCGGCUACAUCCUACAGGGUGGCACUGGAGAAGUGGAGUGUCAGAGUGAUGCACAGUGGUCAGAACCUACAGGACAAUGUCAAGGCACAUGUCCUUCCAAUAAAGGAUACAAGUUUGACAAUGACACUUCCCUGUGUUACAAGAUUUUUACAUCAUCAAACAAUCGUACACAUGCAACCAAGGACUGUGACAACGAUUCUGGGCGCCUUAUCAUCCUGAACACCUCGGACAAGCACAAGCGUAUUGUGCGUGAACUCCUUGAGAACUAUGGCGGACCUAGAUACUACUUCCAAGUUGGAGGGAAGAAAGAGGCAUCUGGAGAUUGGGUGUGGUUAAAUGGGAAUGUCAUAGAUUCUACAGGUCCCCACUGGUUUCCUGGGAGCCCUGACGGAGAUGGCAUCUGCAUGGAUCUGAUGAUUAAGAACUCCAUUGAUGGGUUGAAUGAUUACAGUUGCCGCAGCCAAAUAUCCUUCAUUUGUGAAAUACCAAUUUGAAUUGUUCACAUGGCAUCCGGCCACUUUCAUCAUCAUCGAUGUUAAAUAGUAACAGUAUACACAAAACAGUCAAUGUUGCAUAUUUUUAUAGCCACGAAAUGAAUAUUUGAAAGGACAAUUGGCUGUUGCUUUGGUAAAUGGCGACCUCAUUGAAAUUUCUUCAUCUUAGUUGUGUUAAAUUCCACAAUCUGAUGAAACAGUUGCAGAGUAAUUUGAGCACUAUUUGGAACGCAAAGAAAUUGAUGUACCCAAUUGACUGAAGUUCACAUUUCCAAGUAUAUUAAAGGUCCAAAAUGGUGCCCGUUUGUCUAUUUCUUCAAGAUCAAGAAGCUGCCUUUAACAGGGAACCCACUGGCUAGAGGUGGGACGUGUAUGAGUAACGCCACAAAACUGCUUCAACUGAAAAACUAAUCGAUACGAUAUGCACGCCUAAUCAACGUUUCCUUAAUUGUGAUACUGAAACGUGUUAUGAAGAUCCAAAAUCAUAAAAGGUUAUAUGGAUUGUACAGAAAGUAUUUACAUUUUCCUAUAUUUUAUUAUAGUACUCUCUGUAUUACAGCGCAUUACUAAUUUUGGGAGAAUGUCUCUUUCACUAGCACUUGACGGCGAGAAGUGUGAAGUUGGGGGAGGCAUGUCGCAGAUCGUAGAUGUUUUCAAGUUUGAUGGAAUGCAUGGACAUAGUGUUCACAAACCGAGAAUCAUAAUCGGUUCGAAUCUGUUCUUCGAAUCAACAACCAACAAAUUUCGGUAGCUGUAAAGAACGAGAAUUCUUCAAAAUAGUAUGUGUUUUGUACACACUCGGGAAGCUCGGGUUCCGUAUGGUACAUAUUACAAAUAUGAAUGGUGACUUGUGACUUGUCAGUGUUUGAGGAAUUCACAUUUGCACUUAAAUUCAUGAACACUAACAUUCCAACAUUCACUCUUCAUCGAAUAUUUAAUGUAAAGUAUUGAAUGUUAGAACUUGAAGAUACUUAUCCCCUCCCUCCUUUGUACCAUACUAUAAAUGAUAAGUUGUUAACUAAUCAGAUCAAGAACUUUAAAUAAACCGGGACUAUAUCCGUUACUCCAAAACCUUUGUAAACAUGUGUCUAUAUCAGACGUUAACACAUAUGUUAAAUUUCAUUUUCUGAACAGAUAAAGUGUGUCAGCCCGUGCGAAUUCCUGGACAGAAAGGACCUCAAGUAUUGAAACUCCUUUCCUGAGAGUUUAACCACUCGACGGUUUUGUAACAUAAAACACAGUAUGUCCCUAUUAUAUUCUUUUGUGCAGCCAAAUGAUCAUUAACACAUUGCACUGACGCUUCUUUAAUAUCUAAUUCAGUAUUGAGACAUAAGUGUAAACUUCCUUCCCGUAACGCUACAAUGUAGUCAUUGAUAUUAACAUUAUUUGGAACAAAAGAAUAUCUUAAUACUGUCCUGGCCAUGAGCUGAUCACAUGACCGGGGAGAUGUGAUGACUGAUUCGUCUGUACAAGAGUUGCGUUGUUGAAUGCUUUGAACAAUAACUAGUAUUUAGGCCAGAAACCUAUGAUUGUGGGUUCGAAUCCCGGUUCGCCCAGAUUAUGUUUCUAGGUUUGUCAGCACCAUACCCGUGCUCGUUGGUUUCA